ACCAUGUGGCAGCCGGCCACGGAGCGGCUGCAGCACUUUCAGACAAUGUUAAAGACUAAGUUGAAUGUCCUAACUCUUCGGAAAGAGCCUCUCCCGACAGUGAUCUUCCACGAACCAGAAGCCAUUGAGCUGUGCACCACAACUCCCCUCAUGAAGACCCGGACUCACACUGGAUGCAAGGUUACAUACUUGGGUAAGGUUUCCACAACAGGGAUGCAAUUUUUGUCAGGCUGCACAGAGAAACCAGUCAUCGAAUUAUGGAAGAAGCACACGCUCGCCAGGGAGGAUAUUUACCCAGCUAACGCCCUUCUGGAAAUUCGCCCUUUCCAAGUCUGGCUGCAUCAUCUGGACCUCAAAGGCGAGGCGACAGUCCACAUGGAUACCUUUCAGGUAGCACGUAUAGCCUACUGCACUGCUGACCACAACGUCAGCCCAAACAUCUUUGCUUGGGUCUAUCGGGAGAUCAACGAUGACUUGUCCUACCAGAUGGACUGCCAUGCUGUAGAGUGUGAGAGCAAGCUGGAGGCCAAGAAGCUGGCCCAUGCCAUGAUGGAGGCCUUUAAGAAGACUUUUCACAGCAUGAAAAGCGAUGGCCGGAUCCACAGGAACAGCUCGUCAGAGGAAGUGUCUCAUGAAUUUGAAUCUGAUGAUGGCUGACUGAACUCAUUCACGGUUCAGCAAAGGCAGAAAUGGCCUAAGGAAUGAAAGCUGAUAGAUGAAUAAGCAACAACUGAAACUGGGGAAUGAAAGGACUGUCAAACACUUGUCUGACCAGCUUUUUAAAUCAAAAGAGCAAUUCAGUACCUACAGAUAUGCAUCAUUAAAGU